AAGUGGGGGUGGGGGCGGCGCCAGGCCCGCGCACCGGCCCCGCCCCCGGCCCGCCCCGCCCCUGGCCGCGCCCCCGCGCCCCCCGCGCCCCCGCAACCCCGGAGCCGCCGAGCCGCGGAGUCCGAGCGCCGGGCGCAGAGCGCGGAGCCCGCGGGCGGGGCGAACAAAGCGGCGGCGGCGAGGGCGGCCCAGGCCCCGGACGCGCCGAGCGAGCGACCCAGCGGCCCUUUGUCUCGGGCGGGGCAGGAGCGGCGGCGGCCGCGGGGCGCCCGGAGCGCAGCAUGCGGCGCCCGGAGGGGCGGGUGGCGGGGCGCUGCGGCGGCGGGCGGCGUGGAGCCCGGCCCGGGGCGCGGGGGCGCCCGCGCGUGUGAGGGGGUCCCGCGUGCUGCUGCGCGGCGCCCACCCCGCGGCCGCACGUGGGCGGGAGCGGCGGCCCGCGAGGAGCCGGAGCCGGAGGAAGAGGAGGGACGCGCGGCGGCGCAGCGGGGACCCCGGGCCGCCCGCGCGAAGCCCCGCCCCGGCCCCCGAGCCCCGCGCGCGCGGGCGGGAUGCCCCGCGGCCGCCGCACUUCGGCCCGAGCGCUGCCCUGAGCGGGACCGGCGGAGCGGCCGCCGCGGGCGCCAUGGAGCAGUGGCGACAGUGCGGCCGCUGGCUCAUCGACUGCAAGGUCCUGCCGCCCAACCACCGGGUCGUGUGGCCCUCGGCCGUGGUGUUCGACCUGGCGCAGGCGCUGCGCGACGGCGUCCUGCUCUGCCAGCUGCUGCACAACCUCUCCCCCGGCUCCAUCGACCUCAAGGACAUCAACUUCCGGCCGCAGAUGUCCCAGGCCCUGGUGUGGAUGGGACCAGAGACACACGUGGGUACAGAUUGAAGGUUCGCUGGUCUGUUUGCGGCCCGGAGGACGCUGUGCGCAUGGCUGGUGUCGCGGGCGUCCCCGCGGAGCCGGGGCCGUCACCCUCCUCUCCGCCCGGGAGCCUGAUUUGUCACUGCCACGCCUGCCCGCUGAGGCUUUCCGCGAUUUCACGUGUGCCGAGGUGGAGACUUUCACCGUGUCCCGACCGCUGUGAAAUCAGCGUGGGCCUCGGGGCCUCCCAGGGACAGUUCCUGUGCUUGAAGAACAUCCGCACGUUCCUGAAAGUCUGCCACGACAAAUUUGGGCUGCGAAACAGCGAGCUGUUUGACCCCUUUGACCUCUUUGACGUCCGGGACUUCGGGAAGGUCAUCUCUGCCGUGUCCAGACUCUCCCUGCACCAUGUGGCUCAGAACAAAGGAAUCAGGCCCUUCCCCUCGGAGGAGACGGCGGAGAACGACGAUGACGUGUACCGCAGCCUGGAGGAGCUGGCGGACGAGCAUGACCUCGGGGAGGACAUCUACGACUGCGUCCCGUGCGAGGACGAGGGCGACGACAUCUACGAGGACAUCAUCAAGGUAGAGGUGCGGCAGCCCAUGAAAAUGGGCAUGUCUGAGGAUGACAAGAGGAACUGCUGCUUGCUGGAGAUCCAGGAGACCGAGGCCAAGUACUACCGGACCCUGGAGGACAUCGAGAAGAACUACAUGACGCCCCUGAGGCAGGUGCUGAGCCCGGCAGAUGUGACCGCUAUCUUCAUCAACCUGGAGGACCUGAUCAAGGUACAUCACAGCUUCCUGCGGGCCAUUGACGUGUCCAUGAUGGCGGGGGGCAGCACGCUGGCCAAGGUCUUCCUCGAUUUCAAGGAAAGGCUGCUGAUCUACGGGGACUACUGCAGCCACAUGGAGCACGCGCAGAACACGCUGAACCAGCUCCUCGCCGGCCGGGAGGACGUCCGGCAGAAGGUCGAGGAAUGCACGCUGAAGGUCCAGGACGGGAAGUUUAAGCUUCAAGACCUGCUGGUGGUCCCCAUGCAGAGGGUCCUCAAAUACCACCUCCUCCUGAAGGAACUUCUGAGCCACUCCGCCGAUCGGCCCGAGAGGCAGCAGCUCAGAGAAGCGCUGGAAGCCAUGCAGGACUUAGCAAUGUACAUAAACGAAGUGAAGCGGGACAAGGAGACCCUGAAGAAAAUCAGCGAGUUCCAGAGUUCUAUAGAAAACCUGCAAGUGAAGCUGGAGGAGUACGGGAGGCCGAAGAUCGACGGGGAGCUGAAGGUCCGCUCCAUCGUGAACCACACCAAGCAAGACAGGUACUUGUUCCUGUUCGACAAGGUGGUCAUCGUCUGCAAGAGGAGAGGCUACAGCUACGAGCUGAAGGAGGUCAUCGAGCUGCUCUUCCACAAGAUGACGGAUGACCCCACGAACAACAAGGACGUCAAGAAGUGGUCCUACGGCUUCUACCUCAUUCACUUGCAAGGAAAGCAGGGCUUCCAGUUCUUCUGCAAGACGGAGGACAUGAAGCGGAAGUGGAUGGAGCAGUUCGAGAUGGCCAUGUCCAACAUCAAGCCAGACAAAGCCAAUGCCAACCACCACAGCUUCCAGAUGUACACGUUUGACAAGACCACCAACUGCAAAGCCUGUAGAAUGUUCCUCAGGGGCACCUUUUACCAGGGCUACCUGUGCACCAGGUGUGGGGUCGGGGCACACAAGGAGUGUCUGGAAGUGACGCCCCCCUGUAAGAUCAGUUCCCCUGCAGACCUGGACGCCUCCGGAGCAGGACCUGGUCCCAAGAUGGUGGCCGUCCAGAAUUACCACGGCAACCCAGCUCCCCCGGGGAAGCCGGUGCUGACCUUCCAGACGGGUGACGUGAUCGAGCUGCUGAGAGGCGACCCUGAGUCUCAGUGGUGGGAGGGUCGACUGGUGCAAACCAGGAAGUCGGGCUACUUUCCUAGCUCAUCCGUGAAGCCCUGCCCCGUGGACGGAAGGCCGCCCGUCAGCCGGCCACCAUCCCGCGACAUCGACUAUAGCGCCUACCCCUGGUUUGCGGGCAACAUGGAGAGGCAGCAGACGGACAACCUGCUCAAGUCGCAUGCCAGCGGGACCUACCUGAUCAGGGAGCGGCCGGCUGAGGCGGAGCGCUUCGCCAUCAGUAUCAAGUUCCACGACGAGGUGAAGCACAUCAAGGUGGUGGAGAAGGACAGCUGGGUCCACAUCACGGAAGCGAAGAAGUUUGAAAACCUCUUGGAGCUGGUGGAGUACUAUCAGUGCCACUCGCUGAAGGAGAGCUUCAAGCAGCUGGACACCACGCUCAAGUACCCCUAUAAGUCCAAGGAGCGCGCGGCCUCCAGGGCCUCCAGCCGGUCCCCAGUGUUCACACCCCGUGUCAUCGGCACGGCCGUGGCCAGGUACAACUUCGCUGCCCGGGACAUGCGGGAGCUCUCGCUGCGGGAGGGCGACGUGGUGAAGAUCUACAGCCGCAUUGGCGGAGACCAGGGCUGGUGGAAGGGCGAGGCCAACGGACGGAUUGGCUGGUUUCCUUCGACGUACGUGGAGGAGGAGGGCGUCCAGUGACGGUGACAGCAUGGAUCGGACUCGUGGGUUUUCUCGUGAGAGUCCAGCUCUGAAGUCUGUCUCUAGCCCCGUGACGCAGAGGGGACAUGCCCGCCAACCUUCCAGUCCUCAACAGUCCGUAGGGAUGGGGAGGGUGUUCAGAAUCCUAAAUGGGAACCGGCCUGCUGUCCACCUGCCAUCAGGGGCCUGUCCUGGGUACGCUACUUGUACAUAGAGGCGAGUCGGGCCAGCCCUGCCGUGGCUGCCACCACCAGAGCGCUAAGGAGAGGGAGCACCAGCGGCAUUCUGAGCCGGGCUCUGGAUGACAGCUGAGGCCAGAGCUCUUCUUGCCCCUGUCCUGUUGCGACGGCAUUCGGCAGCCUAGGUUUGAACAGUAGGUGCCGGCCCAGGGAGGCCUGGGACGGCAGAGGGGACCUCCCCCAGCCCCUCCUGCUCAGCUGUGACACUCAGCCUGCCUCCUUCCUGCUGCUCCCGGGGGAAGCUUUGGGCCUAGAGAGUCAGAAGGGGCCAGAGCCAAGGCGUUUGCUACAGCCCCUGCCCGGCCCCAGCUCAGCCCCAGCCGCGCUCGGGCGUAGGAGAAGAGAGCAUUGCUAGGGGGACUGUGCGGGCCCCUGGACCCCCUCCCGGCACUCUGCACUCGGGGUGUGCAGAGAGUACCCAGGGCAGGUCCCCCUCUCCGGAGGGAGCCUUAGCGAACGACGAAGUUGCCACCCCUGCUCCCAGUCAGCUCCCAGUCAGCUCCCAGUCAGCUCCCAGUCAGCUCCCAGUCUGCUCCCAGUCAGCUCCCAGUCAGCUCCCAGUCAGCUCCCAGUCUGCUCCCAGUCAGCUCCCAGUCAGCGGUACUGCUCUUUGCCCUGGAUCCCAGGAGCGUGUCUGUCCUGUCCUGCCGCCAGGUGGAUACGCCUUUUGUAAGUCCUGAUACGGGGGAGAAGAAAAUGAGUUUCCCCCCCUCGGGCCCUGCUGCUCCCAUUCCCCUCCAAGAGAAGGCCCCCCCCCAGUGCCCCCCGGCAGGCGGCCCUUCUGGGUCUUCGGUGUCCUGCAUUGUGGUUCCUGAGGGUCUCCCCAGCUUUUGCACAGGAUGUUAGUUCUAGCCCUUGGCAAGUCUUCCUCCAGCAGCCCACGAACUGGGCCUAUGGUAAGGGCUCUUGGGGGAGGCCUUCCCCUGAACUCCCCCUCCUGACUCCUCCUGGCCUCUGAGCUCUGGCUGUUUUGUCCAGAUCCUUUACCUCUGCUGGAUGUUGCACGAGACCUAGGGACGCUGUCUCCCUGCAGGCUCCGUGCCACAGCCGCGGGAGAAACCUGGCUGCACGCGUCCCCUGUCCCUUGGUGGGCUGCCCUGCCCUGUGCGGGCAGGGCCGGGCGUGGGGAGGGCUAGCUGCUGCUGCGGCGGGAGCUGUUGCCCCUCUGCACUCCUGGGCUUUCUUAGAAGUCAGCCGUGUGGCCUCCAGGCUCGGCUCCCAGGCCCCAUGUCCCAGGAUGGGGAGGAGGUGGGAGCGGUGGGGGGACAGUUAGCAGCAAGGGCAAGAGAGAAGGCCGCCGGCAGGUGAACAGAUCGCUUCCGGGGGCAGAAGGCCAAGGGGAGGGAAGCACGGAGCCGGUCUCGGAGAGAGCAGGCCCCAGCCCCCAUCAUCAGGGUGCACCCAGCACUUUGCACACAGCCCUGGGCUCGGCCGGCCCAGCCAUGAGCCUGGGGUCGGGGUGGGGGGAGCCAGCCAGCCCCUUUCGUGUUUACUGUUGUCGAAGAGGUUUUGUUCUUGUUUUGUUUUUGGUUUGACAUGUUUGUUUUUUAAGGGAAGAGAACAGUUUGUAAUUAUUUCAUCCGAAGCUCCGUUGUAUGUCUGAAUAAUAAGGAAGAUAUUUUAUAAUAGCAAGAAACGAUGUAUAUUUGAGGUCAUCGUGAAACAAGUCAUCACGACAACGAAGGACACUGAGGAGACAGACGUCGGAACCCUGGGUUUUGCGAAUGUUUUGUUCGGUUUUUGUUUGCUUUGCGACCUGGAUCUGGUUGGUUGGGCUUUACACUGUGUGAGGCAGGGCUGGUGGGCUGGGGGCAGGCUGGGAAGCGGGUGGUUUCAGCAGGGGCUGGGAGGCCCUCCGGAGGGGCUUUGGACCUGGGGCCUGAGAUGAGCUGUGAACACUUAAGAGCCUGAUGCAUGCGGGUCAGGGAUCCGGGGGUCCCACAGCUGGUGACGACCCAAAUGGAACACAAACUGUACAUUUGCCACUAGGUUUUUUCAGACCACAGUUUUUAUUGCAAAUAAACCUAACUUCUUUUCUGCAGGCAUGGCUGGAACCUUCUGUGUCCAGCAGAAACAGCCACACCUACACGCGGUCAGCCCAGGGUACACUGGCCUGGGUCAGACACAGGCCUAGGGCAGUGCCUCUGUCUUCCCAUUUGGGUGGGAUUCAACCCUAGCCCUGCCAGUCAGUCAUGUCCUUCAGCUCCUGAGCCUGUUUCUUUCUAUGUAUAUGUUGGAGAUAAAAAAUAAUAUUCUCUCUGGA